UCGGAGGAACAUGCGCCCAAACGCGUCUUUAUCAACAAUCUGGAUAAAUAUACAUCCAAAAACAUAGGAAAGUUUUUAGCCUCUUAUGUUGAACGGGAAAAUGAGUCGAGUUCCCGAGCAGGAGCGUUUGAGAUUGUUGGAACUGUUUCGGGAAGCGAGGAGAAGACUGGAUUUGCAGUAGAAGAAUAUAAAAAUUUAACACGUGAGGAGCUUUUCCAUCACCUGAUGGAGUCGGACGUGAUCGUUUAUAACAUCUACAACGAGAAUGCUGAUCAGAUUGAGGAAGCCUCUUGGGUGGUCUCAGCUCUUCACAGUGACAUGGAUGCAUUUCCUCAACCGAAAAUGUUCAUCCUGAUCUCUACGGUCAUGACCUGGGCUCUGACUGAGACACUCGAUCCAAACGAUCCCGAAAUUCCUCUCGUGGAAUGGGACUUCAGGAGACGGAAACCGCAUCCGAGUUUUCAAGAUCAUAUGGAUCUGGACAAGCUCGUGUUUAAACUGGGAAGAUCUAAUAAAUCCCAGUUUUCUACUUUUGUGGUUGCCUCCGGACUGCAAUACGGCAUGGGCGAGCAGGCGUUUCAUUUCUUUUUCAAGACGUCUUGGUUGGGAGAGGAACAGGAAGUGCCGAUCUUCGGAGACGGCUCCAAUUUCGUUCCAACCAUCCACAUCACUGACCUGGCAGGGAUGGUGCAGAACGUAAUCGAGCGUAAGACCAAGGUGCCGUCUUUACUUGCAGUGGAUGAAUCACACAACACCAUUGCUGACAUCGUCAAUGCAAUAGCAGUGGCGCUCGGACCCGGAAAAACCAGAAACGUUCCAAAAGAGGACGUUUUUCUAUCAGAGGAAUUGACACAAUCGGAAAUCGACCAUUUGUUCGUCGACAUUAAAAUGAAAGCCAUAUAUUUGGAUAAGUUUAUGAGUCCCGAGAAGUUCGACUUCAACUGGGUUUCACAGAACGGUUUCGUUGGGAGCAUCAGCCAAAUUGUGGAGGAAUACAAGCUCAAUCGAGGCCUGCUGCCUAUUCGCAUCUGUGUCUUGGGACCUCCUGCUGUCGGGAAAAGCACCGUCGCUGAAAAGAUAUGCAAACACUACAAACUGCACCAUGUAAAACUCAAAGAGACCAUCACCGAGACGCUCGCUCACCUGGAGUCACGUGCCCGUGUGGAAGAAGCAGACGGGAAAGAGGACGAGGAAUCCUGUGGAACAUGGGAGCUUUUGGACACACUGACCAAGAACCUGGAAAAAAAUGGAGGUCGGUUGGAUGAGCAGUAUGUCCUCCAAAUCAUUAAAGACAAGCUGAAGACUAAACCAUGCAGAAAUCAGGGGUUUGUCCUGGACGGCUUUCCGAAGACAUACAAUCAAGCGAAAGAGCUGUUUUCUGCCGAGUCUGAUCAAGCUAAAGACGAGCGUUCGAAGAUCCCUCCGCACAACAAGGAAAUCAUCCCGGAGUUUGUGUUCUCGCUGGAUGCCACCGACAAGUUCCUGGAGGAACGUGUGCUGAAUCUGCCCGAAAGCGUGGUGCAGGGGACAUCACACUCCGUGGAGAAGUAUUUCCCACGUCUGGCCACGUUUCGAAAAAAGAAUUCAGAGGACGCAACCGUGCUGAAGUACUUCGCUGAGCUGGAAAAUCAUCCUGUGCAUAUUAAGAUUGAAAGUGAUGACUUGGAGAACGUCCUGGUGAUGGAGAGGGUGAUGGAGAGUGUGGGGGAGGUCAGGAACUAUGGCUCCACCACGAAGGAUUUGGAGGAGGAGAGGAGACAGGUGGAGAUCAUUCUGAGCAAGAUGGAGGAGGAUCGUCAGGCCGAAGCCAAGUGCAAAAAGGAAGAGGAGGAGCAGAGGGCAAAGCAACAGGAGGCUCUGAACAAGCGUCUGGACGAAGAAAGGCUUCAGGAAGAGACGCAGUUGAUGGCAAAAUCGGCUCCGCUCAGGCAAUAUCUGAUGAACAGCGUGUUGCCCACAGUGAUCCGAGGCUGCCUCGAGAUCUGUCAGCUCCAACCAGACGAUCCAAUAUACUUCCUGGCUGAAUAUAUCCUGAAAAACAAGCCAGAAGUGCAAACAAACACAUCAACGUAAAAAAUGUUGGGGCUCAGUUUUUUGGCUUGAAAUUUGUGAAACUGGAAAUAAAAACAGGAAAAAUCCAUAUAUUAGCCGCUUCGUUGUUUAAGCCACGGGGUUCAAAGCGUGGGAAAAAAGUAGCGGCUUAUAGUCCAGAAAAUACGUUAAAUUUGUUGAUAAUAUUGAAUAUUUUAUUAGACUUACUGUAAAAAUGACAUCCACUUUAGUUGUUUACUGUAAUGAUAACAUAAAUGCCUAAAAUAAAUGUG